AUGGAAACGGCUAUCAUUCUCAAGGUCCUGCUUCUCGGCCUAUUCGGGCAAUCCUUUGCCUUUCCCCUCUUAUCACGUGGCGAGAAAAUUGUCCGAAACUCGUACACUUCCUCAAGAAAGAAGUCCAGCAGGAAAGUCUCCGUCGGCGUGUUAGUUGCCAUCGUUAUCAUCGCCGUCUUCCUAGUCCUUGUCGUCGCAGUGAUCUACUUUAUUUGGAGGCGAAUCCAGCAAAGAAAAUUACAGAGCCAACCCACUCUUGAGCCUGGUAGGGCUACAGGAAACGAGCAGCAGCAGCAAUAUUACGUGCCGCCACCACCGCCUGCCCAGCUAGGAAUGGAUCAGCAACAGCCGUAUCAAACAGGAUACUGA